AUGCAUCGCACAUUGUCGUAUUCGUGCACACUUGCAAACCUGCAAGAACAGUUGACGAAGUUCUGGGAGAUAGAAACCUGUCGUUCCAGUAGUAGUCAAUCGGUAGAGGAGACGGCGUGUGAAGCAUUCUUCGAUCAAACAACCACUCGUGAUGAUGCAGGCAGAUUUAUCGUCGCACUUCAAAAGCGUGAAUUCAUCAUCAAUCAGCUCGGCGAGUCCAGAAACAUAGCGACAAGGAGAUUUUUGAGCUUAGAGAGGCGGUUCCAGUUGAAUCCCGAGUUGAAGACAGCGUACGCAGAUUUCAUCCACGAGUACGAGCGACUUGGUCAUAUGGUGCAAUUUCCAGACGUCGAAGAGCAGUUUCCCGUGUACUAUCUUCAUUCCAAACUGGACAGUACAACAACGAAACUACGUGUCGUUUUCAACGCGUCGUGUAAGACCAGCAGCGGUGUAUCUCUCAACGAGACACUAAUGGUUGGACCUGCAGUUCAGGAGGACUUGAUCGCCAUCACACUCCGAUUCCGUUUGUUCCGCAUUGCCAUUGUAGCGGAUGUGGAAAAAAUGCAUCGGAUGAUACUCAUCUAUCUACUCGUAUACCGAGAUUUCCCUGGCGACUGGCAGAAGAAGGAGCUCUCGCUUAUUCUCGUGCGGCUAAGGUGUUGA